CACCGCAAAGGGCAAAGCCUCCUGCAACUCUGAAGGCAAAGUUGUGCGCGGCUUACUUCGUAACUUUUCCGAUUUCAGCCCGCUCCUGCUACACGCGCUGCCAUGACCCGGGCAACCGUAAGCGGCGCCUCUGUUGACAGCCAGGGGUCCGUGGUGGUCAUCCCGUGACGAUUUUGGAGCCCGACGCGCCACGAGAGGACAGCUUCCACACAGCCAUGAUGAUACCUGUGCGGGACACGGAAGACCCCCAGCAGCAGUGCCAGAGAAUACCAGGCGAAGAGUGCAAGGACGACAACCCAGGCAGCUGCAGCAACAGCCUCGCCAACCUGAGGAAGCUUCCGGCUCAAACAGGCUGCGGAAUGCUUACUCUUCUGUCAUCUGCCAUUGCUGCUGUCAGUGGAUUUCUGAUGGGUUAUGAACUUGGAAUUAUCUCUGGAGCCCUUCUUCAGCUAACUAGCAUAUUAGCACUUUCAUGUCAGCAGCAGGAAAUGGUUGUAAGUGCUCUUCUAAUUGGCGCUUUGCUAGCUUCAUUGACUGGUGGAUUCCUGAUAGACAAAUAUGGGAGACGAAUGACCAUUAUGAUGGCAUCGUGUUUACUUGUACUGGGCAGUCUGGUCUUGAUACUCUCUGCCUCAUAUGGACUACUUAUAAUAGGACGGAUUGUGAUAGGGGUUUCCAUUUCACUCUCCUCAGUUGCAACAUGUGUGUAUAUCGCAGAGAUUGCCCCCCCGCACAGAAGAGGCUUGCUGGUAUCUUUGAAUGAACUCAUGAUUGUAGUAGGUGUUCUUUUUGCUUACAUUUCAAAUUAUGCAUUUGCUAGCUUUUACAGUGGAUGGAAGUACAUGUUUGGUCUUGUUAUUCCACUGGGCACCUUGCAAGCCAUUGCUUUAUACUUCCUUCUACCCAGUCCUCGGUUCCUGGUUAUGAAAGGUUUUGAUGAAGAUGCUAGCAGAGUACUUGGAAAGCUGAGGAGAACUGCAGACACUACUGAAGAACUGGCUAUGAUCAAAUCUUCCUUGAAAGAAGAGCACCAAUAUAGUGUAUUUGAUCUCUUCCGUGCAAAAGACAACAUGAGGGCCCGGCUGCUGAUAGGAAUCACUCUUGUGUUUUUUGUACAGACAACAGGACAGCCUAACAUCUUAUUUUAUGCAUCCACUGUCUUGAAAUCAGCUGGAUUUCACAGCAAUGAGGCAGCUAGUCUGGCUUCCACUGGUGUUGGAAUGGUCAAAGUGAUCAGUACAGUUCCGGCUACCCUUUUUGUGGACCACAUAGGAAGCAAGAUGUUUCUCUGUAUUGGUUCAUCCCUCAUGUCUGUGUCGUUGGUCACCAUGGGAGUGGUGACACUUAACAUACACAUGAAUUUCACUACUGUUUGUAAAAACCAGUCUUUAGAAGAUUCUUCAUUCCAGAAGGUACGAACGCUGACCUUCACCAAUGAGACUCUUGAGGACCAAUUUGCCGGCAUGGCUUCAUCUAUCAGAAUUUCACGAUGGAAGGUUCAACUUGCUAAUAGAGGGGAGCAGAACAGCACAGCUGUGACAGAAGACACAGCCUCUGUCACAAGCCAGGCUGAAUCCCAUAUAGAAACAAGAGCUAUGGAAGUUCCAGCAGCUCUGAAAUGGCUCUCUUUAGCCAGCUUGCUUGUUUAUACUGCUGCUUUCUCCAUAAGCUUUGGACCAAUGUCCUGGCUGGUACUGAGUGAAAUAUUUCCUGGUGGAAUUAGAGGAAGAGCAAUUGGUUUAACUUCUAGUGUGAACUGGGGAGUAAAUCUCUUGAUUUCAUCAACUUUUUUGACAAUAACAGAUCUAAUUGGUUUACCAUGGGUGUAUUUUAUUUAUGCUUUGAUGAGCUUAGCAUCAUUAGCAUUUGUCAUUGUCUUUAUACCUGAGACAAAGGGGUGCUCCUUAGAGCAAAUCUCCAUACUACUGGCAAAACAAAAUCAUAGAAAGAGUACCCUUUGCAGGAUGAGCCAGCGCCAGGAUCAAUUGAUAUCUAUAGAACUUUCCAACAAAGAACUCCAUAAACAAUUCUACUAGAGAGGCGGGUGCAUGGAAGGAAACAAUGGCAAAAGAACUGGUUUUCUGAAGAGGAUUAAAUCGCUCACGUGCUGUCACUGUGUUCAUAUGCUUACAAUAAAUAUAUUUCUCU